AUGGACCAAACCCUUAUUCCACCCUGUGGACUCCGCCGCCAACCAUGGCCGCCGCGUAUCGCCAUCUGCUCCUUCGCCGCGUCCCACACCCUCACCUCCAGCCCGCUGCAGCCACUCACUGCCUCUCCCCAUCCGCCGGUGCCGCGGCUUGUCUGGUCUCGCCGUCGCGCCCUUCCGCCGCCGAGCGCGUGGAGACACCGCUCCGCAACCUCCGAUACGGUUUUACAACUGACAGUAACUUCAAACAUAGUUGGCUUCGAAAGUUGGGUUCAUCAGUUGGUGCUAUACUGAUUGGACAAACAGCCCUUUUUCUUGGUCUGAGCAACGGCUAUGCAUUCGCCCAGGAAGACUCAGUUAGCCAAGCUGCAUCUAGUGAGGAAGCUGAGGGAAAUGCUACUGGUCUACAACUGAUUGAAGAUGGAUCAGUGGUCUCAAAUGAACACACAGUCAAAUGGAGAAUUUUCACGGAUAAUGGGCGGGAAUUUUUCCAGAAAAGACAAUUGGAUGAGGCUGAGAAGUUAUUCCAGGCAGCCCUGCUAGAAGCUAAAGAAGGAUUUGGACUUAGAGAUCCACAUGUUGCAUCAGCACUUAACAAUCUGGCAGAGUUUUAUAGAUUAAAGAAAGAGUAUGAAAAAGCUGAACUACUAUAUCUGGAAGCAAUUGAAAUCCUGGAGGAGUCAUUUCAAUCUGAUGAUAUACGUGUGGGAACAGCUCUGCAUAGUCUUGGAAUAUGCUAUCAUCUUCAGCGCAAGUUUGCUGAAGCCCAGACAUGUUAUGAGCGUGCUUUGAAGAUAGAAGGACGUGUUAUGGGGGUCGGUCACCCAGAGUAUGCAAGUACAUUGUACCUUCUUGCCAAGGUGCUAAGUCUCCAAGGUAAAAGAAGGGAUGCAGAAUCCCUUACCGAAGAGUCUAUAAGGAUACUGGAGGAAGCUGGGCUUGGCGAGUCGCCAACAUGCAUACAAAGAAUGACAUAUCUCUCUAUGGAGCUAAUAAAAUCAAAACGACUUGGUGAAGCUGAAACCUGGCAAAGGAAGAUAUUACAUACUCUGGAGCUUUCAAAGGGAUGGGAUUCAUUGCAUACUGCACAUGCAGCUGAACUCCUAAGUUUAACUCUUCAAGCCUUGGAGAAGUUGAAGGAAUCAGAAGAGCUAUUUGAAAGAUGCCUGGCAGCCAGGAAAAAGGUUCUGCCUGAAGGUCAUUUUCUGGUAGCCGUUAGUUUGGUAUACCUGGCAAGGUUAACAUUGCACAAAUUUGCUAGUGAUCUGAAGAACAUAGACAGUGACGUAGCUAAACAUUACUUUGCUAGGGCAAAACAGCACAGCAAUGAUUCGAUCAGGAUUACAGAAGGAAUUCUAAAUUCUUCAAGCAAAGACCAGAACAAACUUGACAGUACUUCUGCUACAGAUAGAGAUAAGAUUGCAGCAACAGCUAUUCUUUUGCAAGCACUCGAAGUUGUUGGACUUAUUGAUAUUGCAGCAAAACAUGUGCUAGGGAAAGGGGAUCCAAAUUAUAGAUCUAUUGAUGACGCUGUGAAUAAGUGUAUUUCACUUUACAGAAAGCCUGGUACGCGGAGGUUAGUGACAAAGGUUGUCAAGCAGGACUACAUGAGGUGCCUCAGGCUACUCAUAAAUAUAAUUGAGGACCAUUUGCUCAUGCAACAGACGAUGGAGUUGCAGGAGUUGCUUGGUGAGGCGCAAUUAAUAAUAGAAGAGUUGGGAGAAGAGAGUUAGAAGUAGUAAGUAAUGUUAUCUAGGAAAACCAUGUUACAUGCGGGCAUUAGGAAAAUCAGAUUUGACAGCUAGUAUCCACGUCAUUUUGCUGAUAUAUUCUAGUAUCUAUCAUAGCACAUAUUAGCAUGAAUGCCGUGUGUCCUGCCAGUAGUCAUCUGAUCGUCAUGACAGGGCUUCCUCAGACUUCAACUUGUUAGAGCCCAAUGGCGUGUACAUUUUCUACGAGUUUGAAGGCUGCAACAGAUAAUCCCUUGCCCUGUUGCCCAGUGAUACGCAAAACAUCGAGCAAUUUAUUCA